AGCUCUGCCAAGAUCAAGGCGCUGCCUCGGCGCCUGCUGCUUCCCCUCCAAGCAACCUCGCCCAACCGCCAACCAACCACCCUGUGGAAAUGGAAGUGGAAAUCCACCCCUUAGCCGUUGCCCUGGUGAAACCCCCUAUCUUGCGUGUGCUGACCAGAGCAGCCGACAGGGAAACCAACCGAAGCGAACCGAAGCGAACCGAAGCGAGGCUAGGUUGGGUCAGAGUCAGAGGCAGAGUGAGAGCCAGGAGGUUGCCUGGCAACCUUGUUGCAUUGGAUGGAUGGCCUGGCCCAAACAAAGGCGUCGUUGGCGGCAAGAAGAAGCAGCAGCCUAGGGAAAACCACAACAAAUGACAGUGAGGAAAAUGCAAAUUGAAUCGAAGGCAGCAGCACCGCGUACACAGGUCAAGUCGUGGUCAACCGUUGCCAGCAUAUAGCCCAGGAAUGUCCUUCAAGGAUGUGCGCGAUCUCGGAGAGCAGCUGAAGCUGCUGGGCUUUCCACGGGUCUUUCCGCUCCAGUCGCUGGCCAACCAGCACGGAAGCCUGGCCAGCUUCCACAUCGUGUCCGAGCUGAUCCAGUGGCUGGCGGGGCUUAUGGAGCCCGGAACCGUGCUCUCCGGCGGGGUGGAAACGGAGGAGCAGCGCGUGCUGCUAGUUCGCUCGGCCACGGAGUUCUUUGUGACCAAGUCGGCCAUCCGGCUGAAUCCCCGCAAGCUGUACGCCGCAGCCGCAGUCACUGCCAGCGAGCUACAGAAGAUCACGCGCCUUCUCAUUGCGCCCAGCCAAACGGAGGCGGAGCGCGAGGAGGAGGAGCGCGACCAGUACCGCAGCCUCAACCAGGUGGACAUCGGGGACAAGAUGGAGGAGCUGCGCCGGGCUCGCGAGCUCUCCUCAGACCUCACCCAGCGGGGAGCCGCCCUCUACGACCUGCUGUCCAAGGAGCUGCAGCACAAGGAGUCGCGCCAGACCCAGGCCCAACGGCCCAUGGAGCUGCUCAGUGUGGAGCGAACACUCAAGAACGCCACCCAGGCCAGCCAGCUCAAGUUGCAGUCGAGCCGGGCCCAGCUAGAGGCGGCCCGCGUCGAGCUGAACGCUCUAAACUCGAAGCUGCAGCGAAAGCGGGCCGAGCUAGAGCGGACCAAGCAGCGGCUGGAGGCGCUGCAGAAGAUCCGACCUGCGCACAUGGCCGAGUUCGAGGAGUGCGAGAAGGAGCUGCAGAUGCUGUUCCAGCGCUAUUUCCUCCGGUUGCACGUCCGCGACGCCCUGCGCUCCCAGCUCGAGGCGCGCACCAAGCGGACCACGCCCAUCGCCUCGCCCAUACUGCAGAAACCCGCUGAGAGCUCGAUGCCCUUCAUACCCGAGGGCCUCAUCGAAGACGACGACGAUGAUGAGGACGACGAUCUCGAUGGAGAUGACGACGAAGAUAUGGGCGGAGGUGUUGGAGGUGGAGUAGGAGGCGGAGUUGGUGUCGGCUCCGCUGUGGAGAUGGUGGUGAAUGGCAGAAGUUUGUUUGGCCUGGACGCCGAGAUACCAGAUAUACGCGACGAGGACCAGCUGAUGCGGCAGGACGUCUUGAACUCCGGCCAGGGAAAGCGUCCCGGAACGGCCACCUCCCGCCUGAGACCCACCACGGGACGCAGUCGCAAGGGCACAGGAGCUGGCGCCAGCGCCAGCGCAGGUGGAGGUCGCGGUGGAGGUGGAGGUGGACGAGCAGCCAGGGCCGCUCACAACGGACGCAAUGUGCCGCCCGGGAGCAGCAUGCUCAACUCGCGGGACGACGACAGUAGCUUCGGCAGUUCCGACAGCGAGUUGGACGUGGGCGAGAUUAUGGGCAUGAGUGGCAUUGGCGCCGGUGCGGGGGGCAUCAGCAUGGCCAUGGGAACUGGCGACGAUGACUUUGAUCUGAACUCGAUUGAUGACAUCAGCAUUUCGAAGCUGACGGGCGAACUGCCGCUGCGUCCGAAGACGGCCAACAAGGCGGAGCACCACAGCGACGAGGAUUUUUAGAUCCAGCUGUAGUCCGGGCUAUUUUUCUAAUAAUUGUAUGCCGGGGUAUCUGUAUACAGGCAAAACUAGUUGCAAUCUAUGCUCGAAAUUGUAUACCUAUAUGUAUAUGUAUAUCCUUGCACAGAAGCGGGUCAUGUCCAUCCGUCUGUCAGUCUGUAUUAUUCGGUAAUAUUGUGUGCUUAAGUGGGUCUGUCAGUCUGUAUU